UUUGGGCAUUCCAUUUCAUUUUGUGCAGAUUCUCACUAGAUUCUGCGUUUGUGCUGUGAAAGCGGUUGAUCUCUACUCUUAUGUUUCUGUUCUUUUUCAUUUGUCUUGUUCUUUUCUCAAACAAGACAAAAACAAAAACAAACAUUAACAAACAACAACAACAACAACAACAUAGGUUAACUUCUUUCAUCCAAUGCUGAUCACAACCAAGUGUCCCUUAGAUCUUGUUUGAUUUCACUCUUGCAUCUCUCACCAUUGCUCCGUGCCCACGUUGCUUUGGUAGUGGGGAGAUGAAUCAUGGAGUCCUCCGGUGAGCAUGAAAGGUUUUCGGUUAGAGAGGUUCAUGCCAAUGGAAGUCGCAUGGCCGCAUCAGAAGUUGAGGCUAAGCUUGAUGAAGGAAAUAUUCAAGAAGCGGAAUCUGCGUUGCGAGAAGGGUUGUCACUCAAUUUUGAGGAAGCAAGGGCUCUUCUUGGGAAGUUGGAGUAUCAGAGAGGUAAUGUAGAAGGUGCUCUUCGUGUCUUUGAUGGGAUCGAUCUCCAUGCUGCCAUCCAACGGUUGCAACCCUCGUUUUCUGAAAAAUCGCCUGUCAAAAAAGGUCGUACUCGCACAGAAUCACCUUCUUCAGUCUCUCAGCAUGCUGCUACUUUGGUGCUUGAAGCUAUCUACUUAAAAGCCAAGUCCCAACAAAAACUGGGGAAAUUUGCUGAAGCUGCUAAUGACUGUAAACGUAUUCUUGAUGCUGUUGAGAAGAUAUUUUAUCAGGGCAUACCUGAUUUUCAAGUGGAUGGUAAACUGCAAGAGAUAGUCAGCCAUGCAGUAGAGCUCCUUCCAGAGCUUUGGAAACAAGGAGGUUGCUAUGACGAGGCAAUCUCUGCUUAUCGGCGUGCCCUUCUUAGUCAAUGGAACCUUGAUAAUGAUUGCUGUUCAAGAAUUCAGAAAUCAUUUGUUGUUUUUCUGCUGUAUAGUGGUGUGGAGGCAAGUCCACCUAGUUUAGCAGUUCAGGUUGAUGGUUCUUAUGUGCCUAAAAAUAAUCUCGAAGAGGCCAUUUUGCUUUUAAUGAUUCUUAUAAGAAAGUUUGGUCAUGGUAAGAUAAAAUGGGAUCCUUCAAUCAUGGAGCACCUAACUUUUGCACUUUCCGUAUGUAGCCAAACUUCCGUUUUAGCAAUGCAAUUUGAAGACUUGAUGCCUGGAGUAUACCAUCGUAUCGAUCGUUGGAAUUCUUUAGCUUUAUGUCAUUGUGCUGCCGGACAAAAUGUCAGUGCUUUGAAUCUGCUAAGGAAGUCCUUGCACAAACACGAACGGCCAGAUGACCUUACAUCGUUAUUAUUAGCUGCUAAGAUCUGCAGUGAGAAUACCUGUCUUGCCGGUGAGGGAGUCGGCCAUGCGCAGAGGGCAAUCAAGAAUGCUCAUGGUCCAAAUGAACAUUUAAAGGGUGUUGCUCUUCGCAUGUUGGGACUUUGUCUUGGAAAGCAAGCUAAAGUUGCUUCCUCUGACUUCGAGAGGUCUCGGUUUCAGUCCAAAGCUCUGGAGUCAUUGGAGGAGGGAACUAGAUUGGAGAAAAAUAAUUCUGAUCUGAUUUUUGAGUUGGCGGUUCAGUACGCUGAACACCGUAAUCUGACCUCUGCUUUGCGGUCUGCGCGUCAUUUCUUCAACGAAACUGGCGGCUCAGUAGUGAAAGCUUGGAUAUUGCUUGCUCUGAUUUUGUCGGCACAACAAAGAUUUCCAGAAGCUGAAGUGGUGACAGAUGCUGCUUUAGAUCAGACUGUGAGAUGGGAGCAGGGGCCUCUGCUUAAGCUUAAAGCGAAGCUGAAGAUCUCCCAAUCAAAACCGAUGGAUGCUAUCGAAACCUAUCGCUACCUUCUUGCAUUGGUUCAAGCCCAGAGGAAAUCCUUUGGGUCUUUCCAAAUUAGUUCGAAGGUUGAAGAUGAUAAAGUUAAUGAAUUUGAUAUUUGGCAUGGUCUUGCAAAUUUAUAUGCUAGCCUUUCUCGUUGGAAGGAUGCUGAAAUCUGUUUGCAAAAGGCUAGAGAGUUGAAGGAGUACUCUGUAGAAAUUUUGCGUACUGAAGGUAUUUUGUUUGAAGGACACGGGCAAAAUCAAGAAGCUCUCAACGCUGCUAUUAAUGCUAUACUACUUGAACCAAACCAUGUUCCAAGCAAAAUCUUAAUGAGUGCUUUGAUUCAUAAAAUAGGCUCAAAAGCUUUGCCUGCUGCUGCGAGAAGCAUGCUGUCUGAUGCGCUUAGAAUAGAACCGACCAAUCCUAUGGCUUGGUAUUACUUGGGAUUAAUUCACAAGCACGAUGGCCGAAUGGGUGAUGCUGCGGACUGCUUCCAGGCAGCUUCCAUGCUGGAAGAAUUUGAUCCGAUCGAAAGUUUCAGCACCAUACUUUGAACAUUCGGAAUUUGGAAUGGUUGAUUCUGCAGCCUUCAGUGAGAUUUAUUAUACCAUUAUGAUUUUUGGUUAAUACAUCAUCUGGGUUCAAGGAGACACAAUAGAAACAGUUUUAGGAAUUGUUUUCCUAUUUUUGAAAAGAAAAAAAUUGUCAUCACAAACUAGGUUAAAAGAAAAAAUGAAACAUUAUUUAGGAAAUAAAGUUAGAAUGGAUGAGUUGUAAAGAACUUCGAUCGGCAGAGAUUUUAAUGUAGUUCAGUAGCUGCUCAACUUUGUAAAUUUAUGUCGCUUAAUUGAGCAGUAUCUAUGUUGCAAGAGUAUAGAUUCAUUUAUCUUCAAUCAUGUGCUUAGUUUUUUGGCUA